GGCGGAGUCUCCAAGAGAAUGGCUUGUCAUUGGUUCGGGAAAGACUCGGGGGCGUGCCCAUCUUGUCAGCUCCGCCUCCGUAUUCAAAUUUCCAGCAAAGGGCGGAAGUGCUGCAAGGUGGUAACUUCAGGACCGGAAGCGCUGCCUCGUUUUGCGGCAAGCAGUUUGCCAGAGGGGCUAAGCAGCACGUGUCGUGGAUUUCUUCCCAUUUGGUCGAGGAAGGAAGAGUUUUGGUGGCCUGCUUUCCCCAAUGGCGGAGGCAGAAGAGGAUGAGCCGCAUCUGAGCGGCCCAGAGGAGAAGGAAGAGGAAGAAGAAGAGGCAGGCAAUGAAGAGGCAGCAAAGAGACAUCGCCAGCUUGUGGAUACACUCAGUACUUUGUCUGGAGGAAAACGGUUGCGAGCCACUGAGCGUACUGAGGCAAGCAGGCAGAUCUCAGAAUUUGAUGUUGGAAGAGGUGCUGACGAAAAAGUGCUCCUUUCGGAGCUCCUGCAGCCUGCUUCCACAUCACCAGCUUUACGCCGCCUUCGGAAGCAACUGAACAAAGCCCAGCAAAAGAAGGCUGUCAACCUCCCUCUGAGCAAGGAGGAGAAUGAACGGGUAGUGCGGGAAGCGGCCUACACACAGACAGCCCAAGACCUGGCCAAGUGGGAUCCGGUAGUCCGGCAAAACCGGCGUGCUGAACAGAUUGUCUUCCCACUGCAACAGGAAAGUGUGAGCGUUGCGCCUGUUGAAGAAGUAAUAAGCAGUUGGCAGGCACGGACACCCCUGGAACAAGAGAUUUUUAGUCUCCUUCACAAAACGCAUCAGCCAGUGAAGGAUCCUCUCCUGACGCCCUAUGAAAAGGCUUCGCUGCAGGCCAUGAGCCUGGAGGAGGCUCAGUUGCGCCGGAUGGAGCUCCAGAGGGCUCGAGCCCUUCAGUCCUAUUAUGAAGCAAAAGCACGACGCAAAGGGAAGAUCAAGAGCAAAAAGUAUCACAGAGUGCUGAGGAAAGGCAAGAGUCGCAAAGUCCUUCAAGAGUUUGAGAUGCUCCAAAAAAGCAAUCCCGGGGCAGCUCUGGAGCAGCUGGAGAAGAUGGAGAAAGCACGUAUUGAGGAGAGAAUGAGCCUCAAACAUCAGAACAAAGGCAGGUGGGCCAAGUCAACUGUCCUCAUGGCAAAGUACAACCUGGAGGCCAGGCAAGCGAUGCAAGAGCAGCUGGCCCGGAACAAAGAACUGACCGAGAAAAUACUCAUAGAAUCAGAUAGCGAGGACGGAGGCAACAACUCUGACGCUGAAGGGGGUCUCGUCCCAGAUGUUGUCAAUGAUGGGCAUAUUGGGAUGAAUCCAGACAACCCCUGGAUGUUGGGAAAGACUUACGCAAACCCGAAAGAGGAUACACCAGCUCAACCCAAUGACAGUGAGGAGAGUGACGGAGAGGCGACACCACCCAUGACCAAGGAGGGGGCGGUGUUGGAAGGUUUUGUGGAGCAUGAGCAGAACCUGCAAGGCAGUCCUGAACUGCAAGGUCCCGGGCAAGAGGAAGCGAUUCCCAUGCUGCCUGACGUGCUUCCUCCAGCGCCUCCAAGCCCUGCACCAGAGGAGCCUUUCCUGAAAGAGACUCUAAAUCUGCUUCACAACUUGAACGAAGCGGAGGCCUUGGAGCUAGAGGAUGAAUCCCAGGAAGUCCAAGCUUCGCCUUCCAAGGAGGCAGUGCUAUUGGAGCCCAUGGAAGCCAAGUCAUCAGUUGGAGCCCCAGACCUCCCACAGGCCACAUCCAAGGCGGGGAAGAAGCCAGCCAAGCGGAAGGCCCUGAUUGAUCUCAAGGCGGUCCUCGCAGAGGCACCCCAGGCUGUGAAGUGCCCACUUGUGCCCAGUGUUGUGCAGAAUGAGCUUGAUACAGACACCGACCAGCGGCGUGUCAUCCGGGAGGCCUUUGCCAAUGACAACGUGAUGGCGGAUUUCAUGAAGGAGAAGCGGAGAGCAGAAGAGGCUAGCAAACCCAAAGCAAUUGAUUUGGUUCUCCCAGGAUGGGGCGAGUGGGGAGGCACCGGGCUACGGCCGAGCGCCAGGAAAAAGAAACGGUUCUUUAUCAAACCAGCAUCUCAGACCCAAAGGAAGGACAAGCACCUGCCUCAUGUUAUUCUGAGUGAACAGCGCAAUAUUUUGGCUGCAGGUUAUCAGGUGAACCAGCUGCCCUUCCCCUUUGAGAACAGCAAGCAGUUUGAGCGCAGCAUCCAAGCACCGGUGGGGCCCACCUGGAACACCCAGCGGGCUUUCCAGCAGCUGACCGCCCCUCGCGUCGUCACCCAGCCGGGGCACAUCAUCCGCCCCAUCAGUGCGGAGGAUGCCAACCUGCCUAGCCAGAAGGAUACGACUGACGGUGCCAAGAUAAAGCCAGAUUUGGUGCUGGCUGUAUCUCCUCGGAAGGGCCGUCCACACCACCCUGCGAAGAAGAAGAAAUGGUAGAACACGUGCCUGAACUCAGUUCCUAGUCCAAACUGGAGGAGAGCUUUUGAACCCAGUGCUGAAGAACACCGAGUCUGGCUUAUCCAACAUAAACGGAUGUUGGAUAAGCAAAAAUGUUGGAUAAUAAAGAGGGAUUAAGGAAAA